AUGAAAGAAUAUGGGUACCACCAAAGUAACGCUAAUCAUACUCUGUUCCUCAAGAGAAGAAACGACCUGGUAACUUGCUUGAUCAUAUAUGUAGACGACAUGAUUAUUACCGGAGAUGAUAUAGAAGAAAUAACACGGCUGAAAAGGAAUCUGUUUUCAAAGAUUGAAAUGAAAGACCUUGGGAAUCUCAAGUAUUUCCUCGGGAUAGAAGUUCUUAGGUCUAAGCGGGGUAUUUUCAUCUGCCAAAAGAAGUAUGUCCUUGAUCUCCUAGCAGAAACUAGGUUGAUUGAUUGUAAACCAGCAGAUACUCCAAUGGUGGUGAACCACAACCUUCACAUGGAACUCAAUGGAGAACUUGCAAACAAAGAAAGGUAUCAACGGCUCGUCGGCAAGUUAAUUUAUCUCUCUCACACUCGCCCUAAUAUAGCCUAUGCUGUUGGAGUGGUGAGUCAGUUCAUGCAUCAACCUCAAGUUGCCCACAUGGAAGCUGCUUAG